GGUGGUCGGCCGGGCCCGGUUGGGUUUGGAAUCGGUGAAUUUCUGGGAGGCAAUUGCUCAGAAGCAGCCAUGGACACUUUACCAGAUCUCAGAGGCUUCACCCUGACAUUCUCUCUUGCAGAGACAUGUGGCGCCCUUGCCGUCAUCCUGACGGUGGCCUGGGUGGGCCACUUCCGUAAUGGAUUCGCCUGGCAAGAGAGACCGUCUGUUCAGUUCAACUGGCACCCGGUACUCAUGGUCACCGGCCUCGUCUACCUGUACGCCAACUCGGCGCUGCUGUACCGCGUGUUCCGCAGCGAGCGCAAGCGCAAGCUGAAGCUGGCGCACGCGGCACUGAACCUGACGUCGCUGCUGCUGGUGAUGAUCGGCCUGAAGGCCGUGUUCGAUUCGCACGACCUGGCCUCGCCGCCCAUCCCCAACCUGUACUCGCUGCACUCGUGGGUGGGCCUGACAGCCGUGCUGAUGUUCGCCAUGCAGUGGGUGAUCGGGUUCGUCUCGUUUCUGGUGCCGGGCAUGAGCGGUGCAAUCCGCGCCCGCUACCUGCCCUGGCACCAGUUCUUCGGCCUGACCAUCUUCGUCACCGCCUGCGGUGCCGCCAUCAUGGGCCUCCUCGAGAAGGCCAUCUUCACGCUGACGAAGAAGAACGAUCUGCCGCCGUACGCGAGCCUGCCGCCCGAGGCGUACCUGAUCAACUUCAUCGGCCUGCUGCUGGCCGUGUUCUGCUGCCUGGUGGUGUUCCUGCUGUCGCACACCGGGUACCGGCGCCAGCCGCAGCCAGAGGACGAGGUGCUGCUGCGUGACACCGUCAUUGACUGAGGCAGCGCGUUACAUACUGACUGACACACUGACACGGUCAGACGUUGAACACUGACGCGGACAGAUGCGGCCUAUGCGCGCCGACACGGACUGACGCAAUCUGGCACGAUCCAGCACGUACAGACUCAAUUGAGGCUAGGCCGGUGUGUUGUCUGACCUAGGCCAGCGACUCGGCAUGGGCUGCUGCCGUCCGAUGCUCCGCGGCACUGCACGUCGCAGACCACGGUCACAGAUGGCUGGCACGGGUUCUGCCGCUUACUCCGAGGUGAUUUGACACGACCGAAACUGACUGACGCAGCCGAAAGGGAUGGGCGUGGCUGGGGCGGACCGCAGCAGACUGACAGACUGCGACGGACUGACGCCGGCUGUCGGCGCCAGACUGACAGACUGCGACAGACUGACGCCGGCUGUCGGCGCCAGACUGCCAGAUUGCGACGGACUGACGCCGGCUGUCGGCGCCAGACUGACAGACUGCAACGGACUGACGCCGGCUGUCGGCGCAAGACUGACAGACUGCGACGGACUGACGCCGGCUGUCGGCGCCAGACUGACAGACUGCGACGGACUGACGCCGGCUGUCAGCGCCGGUCUGACAAGCUGCGACGUAGUGACACCGGCUGUGGGCGCCAGCCGGACUAUCGGCGCCGGUCUGACACCGAUUGUUAGCGCCAGCCUGACUGUCGGCGCGAGCCUGACUGUAGGCGCGAGCCUGACUGUCGGCGCCAGCCUGACUGUCGGCGCCAGCCCGACUGUCGGCGCCAGCCUGACACAGACUGUCGGCGCCACCCUGACACCGACUAUCGCCGCCAGCCUGACUGUCGGCGCCGGUCUGGCUGUCGGCGCCGGCCUGACAGUGAGGCGGCCGCCUGACGGGCGCCGGUCGGCUCUGUGCCGGGCUGCCGGCCGGCGGGCAGCGGACGGCCGUGGGCCGGACCUCCCGCUACAUGUCGGCCGCGCCGUCAGGCUGGUCCAGCUUUCAAGGUCGGCCUGAGACGGGGCGCUCCCAAAGACACCAGAGUAGGGCGAAGCGCCUGCGCUGCUCCUGUGGCCAGUUGUGGAUCGUUGUCUGUGCGGCUCGCUGUCGGGUGUUGGUGCUUUCUCUGGAACGGUUGUGGCCCGGCAAAGCCUUCGUUUGGUUAGCGUUUUCGGGCUCACCGGAUUAUGUUUGGUUUUGAAGCAUUGAAGCGCUUCUGUGUGGAAUAAUAUUUUGGUGCCAUCUCGUAUUUAUCAUACAUGAUGUCUAUUUUUUGACUGAUUCUAGUGUCUGACUUGUGCCAGACCAUUAUAUAGCAUGAGUCAGAUUAUAGCCGGCUGUUGUUCACGUUGUAUUGUUGGCGUUGUGGUGCGGUGGCUGUACCCAGAUCCUUUCGGACAUUGUCGCCGAGUUCUCUCGCCAGUAGGGCGGGGGACAGUCCGCUCGUGUGAGCUUGCGUGGUCUGGUUCACCUUCGUAGGUGUAUCAAAUUAUAAGAUGCAAUAUUUUUCCCACGUUGCACUGUAAAAUGACGUUAUUUUCAGGGCCAUUUAGUUCUUGUUCUAAAAGACAUCUCUACCGUGCGGGUUCCGGGUCGACAAGUGAGCACGCGCGGACUUAGGAUGGCACAUUGCUGUUUUGCUGAUAGAAGACCCUCCGGCCGGGUGUAGUUGUUUAAAAUCAACUUUGACGGGGAGAAGGGGGAUGGUGUAGGUCCCAGAGAACCCCUGUAAGUAGCCCCUCAAACUGGAUUUCUCUGGAGGUCUGUGCCGCUUCAUUUCACAAGUUUUGGGUUGGGAGGUUGCCCGUAACGCCUGGGAGACCGAACAGCUUUCCCACGGUCAGGCACAGUCCCGCCCACUGUAUAAACCACCUGUUCCUGCCUGCGAACGGCUGUGCGGCUCCGAACGCUGUGUACCCCACCGUAGAGUCGGCCCGCCCGGCGGUGCUCUCUCCGAGUGGCGACCCCGCCCUGCCCUGCCGGCUGUUGGUCCGGCCGGUGGACGUGUGGCUCUCAGACGGCCUUCUCCGUGGUAUGGCCGAUGUCGUGUCUUGUGGUGCUUGUAUCGCCACCGUGUCGCCUCCCUCGGCGACGCCCUACGACCGAGGCUCUCUUCGGCGCGCGCUUGACGGGCCGCCCCUGCGCCACCCGUGCCGUCGGUGCCGUGUGGCGAUGGAUACGCACACUAAUUCUGUCCGGCGGCCACCGUGGGUGGCGAGGGCAGUCGGUUGCUGUCUGUUGAGCCACUGUGGGCCAUCUGUCUGUUUCUGCUUCCUCGCCCGUGCAGCUCAGCUGGGCCGCGUCCGGCGGGCCGGGCCACCUUCCACGGGCUCCUCGCGUGCCGGCGUUUCUUGCCGGCGUUUGUCUUCAGUCUACGGCGUCGCCUUCCGGCGCACGCCAGGUAGUCGCCAGGUCGGUCUGGCUCGACGCCGGUUUCGCAGUUGAACACCGGUUGUGACGGCUUGGCCAAGGCAGCAGACGUGUACCCCUCUCCCCCCACGAGGAUUUACCAUGAUAUCGUGUUCUUGGCUGUUUAUGUCGUGGGCGUUGUGUGCACAUAAUAUACGUACUAAGUGUCAGCAUCCA